UGAGAGACGGAUGAACUAGGCUGGUGGCUAUAAAUCAAUUUCCCAAUUCUAUGCAGAAGAAAUGGAAAAGGAAAAUAAAAUAUUACAAAACAAAAUCUCUCUGCUGGGUUGUUCUUAGAGAUGCUUCUUGCACCAUUGAGAGUAAUACACGCAAGGAUCACAUGCUCAGUGAGAUCACUUUCCUCCAUGCCAUAGGACGUCUGACACAUUAAAUUACGUCGAUGUCAUGUUGCAGCUGUUAGAAAAGCGAGUGUGCCAGUCCUUCCUUAACCGCGUCCUCUUGCUGAACAGUGAUGAUUCUCUCACUCGUUGUAUAAUAUCUUGAUGCUAGUGUUGCCUCCUCUGGUCCCCUCCAAAUUCUUUGCUUUGCCUUCACAGCCCUAAAUCAGGAGAUUCCUCCGACUUGCAUUCCUCAAACCAGCAUUCUUCGAAACACGCAUCAUCAAAGGGGUUAGUUUUGUUUUUUGUAUUUGGUAUAAUGGUCUUCAUUUCUCAACCAAAUUUUUCAGAAGAAUAUUUUCUAGAAUAAAUCUAUCUGCCUCUACUGUCCUGUACGCGGUUCUUUUCCUUGAUUUAGUGCGAUCUUGUUGUCUAGGUAAAGGGUUUUGAUUGAGUUGUUUCCUUGGCUUCUCCAUCUCUUUCUUUGAUGCUGUUGCAUUCAAAUUUGGCUAAGUUAAUUUUGUCUUGGAUGAAACUAGAAGUCUGGUGAUUAUAGGCCCUGUUCCUUCAUCAUGAUUUUUUAGUUACCUUUUUUUGUGUUCAAGAGGGAAUUUGAUCGAGUUUUCUCUAUUAGGCACCAUGGUCUCCAUAUCUGAGCACAAGAAAUAUGUCUUGUUCUUAAAUAUCUCUUUUCUCUUGGUGGCAUGUGUUUUCUUGAUCAUGCAAUUCAGUUCUGCUGGGUUUCUUGUGCUGGGGAGUUCUCAAUCUUUCAAGGAAAAUGAUCAACAAGACUGCCAGGGGUUGCAUAGUCUGGAUGACUACAAAGCCAAGUGCUCUUACAUUAAAUCAAAUAUCCCAUGCGUCUCCCAAGGCUAUAUUGACUAUCUUUACCUUUUCUAUUGCAAUCUUGGAAGAUUUCCUCUUUUGGGCUAUUGUCUUUCUUUUCUUUGGCUCUUGGUAUUGUUUUAUCUGUUGGGAAACACUGCUUCUGAAUACUUUUGUUCUUCACUUGAAAAAUUGUCUAAGCUGUUGAAUUUGUCUCCUACAAUUGCUGGGAUUACCCUCCUUUCACUUGGCAAUGGUGCCCCUGAUGUUUUUGCCAGCCUAGUGUCUUUUAUGGGUGACGGGACAUCUAACGUUGGUUUUAAUACAGUACUAGGUGGUGCUUCCUUUGUUUCUUGUGUUGUGGUUGGAAUCAUAAGCAUUUUGGUGAAGCAAGAGGAAUUUAGAGUCAACAGGUGUGCCUUUGUUAGGGAUGUUUGCUUCUUCCUUUUAGUUCUUGCAUCCUUAACUUUCAUCCUGAUUCAUGGCAAGAUCAAUCUGUGGGGUGCAAUGGGGUUUCUGUCGAUGUAUAUUGUUUACUUCAUGGUUGUUUACGUCCUGCAAGUCCAUUGGAAUGGUGGUGGAAAUGAAAGCGAAAGGAACGCUAGUUCAAGUUAUGGCAGUGAUUUGAAUAUACCAAUUUUAAGCAGCAUGGAAAAAGGGGAGCAAAAUUAUGUGAAGGGAUGUGAUAUGGAGUGUGGUACUGAAGUAGAAAUGAACAAAUGUUGCUUUUGUGUACGAUUAUCAGCUCCUUGUCGUAUACUCAUCUGGAUCCUUGAGAUGCCUCUUUACUUACCUAGGAGAUUGACAAUUCCUGUUGUUUGUGAAAAGGGAUGGUCCAAGCCAGCCACAGUUGCUUCAGUGACAAUGGCACCAGUUCUCUUAUCAGCUCUUUGGAAUGCCCAGGGUGAGAGCGCCACCCUCAACACAAGCCUAAUAGUAUAUGGAAUUGGGUUGAUGUUAGGAAUGACAUUUGGGGUUCUUGCAUAUGUAACAACUGAGAAGUCAAGUCCACCACAGAAGUGCCUGCUUCCUUGGCUAGCAGGAGGAUUCUUAAUGAGUGUUACAUGGAGUUAUAUAAUAGCUCAGGAAUUGGUGGGCUUGAUAGUUUCACUCGGGUUUAUAUUUGGAAUAAGUCCUUCUAUACUAGGAUUAACAGUUCUUUCCUGGGGAAACUCAAUUGGUGAUUUGAUAACAAAUUUGAUAUUGGCUAUGAAUGGUGGCCCUGAAGGCGCACAAGUAGCUAUAUCAGGCUGUUAUGCAGGUCCCAUUUUCAACAUCCUUUUCGGUCUCGGGUUGUCUCUGGUUGCCUCAGCCUGGUAUGCUUACCCAUCAUCUGUUGUGAUCCCAAAAGAUCCCUACCUCUUGGAGACAAUAGGCUUUCUGGUAGGUGGCCUGCUUUGGGCACUUGUUGUUUUACCAAGGAGAAAUAUGAAGCUUAACUGGGUUCUGGGAGGAGGGCUCUUGGCUAUAUACAUGAUGUCUGUGUCUUUGAGGCUAACUCAGGCACUUGGAUCUUUCCAUUUCCAUGAUACACAUGCUUAGUUUUUACCAGUUUCCUUCCUGUACAGUGAUCGCUAGCUGUUGUAAGUAAAGUUUGUAUAUUUCCUUAGAGCUUCCAUGGCAAUUAGAAUGGCUAUAAACCUUAAUUUGUAAUCUUGAAUACACUAAUCUGAAAGCUGUCAGAAUGAAUCCAGCAACUUGUUUGAAAACCA